AUGUCAAUUGAUCGUUAUCUUGCUGUUGUUCAUGCUGUUGAUUCCAUUGCAAAUUAUCGAACAAUAAAAAAUACGACAAUAUCUAUUAUAGCUCUUUGGUUAAUUGGUAUUUGUAUAUCUAUGAUUAUUGGUUCAUUAUUUACUGUCAUCAAAUUUGGAGGUGAUCAAUCACCUGUAUCUAUGUAUUGUCUUUUACGUUAUUUAAAAUUAGAUGCUGAUAAUAUAUCCAUAGUACAGAAUACAACUGUGUUGGAAACAAUGAAUUAUUCUAAAACUAAUUUUCUAUUAAAUAAUAAUAAUAAUAAUACAGAUACUAUAAGUAGUGAUGGUCCAACUCAAAUAUUACCUAUUGAAGCAAGUUUGUAUUGGCUUGGUUUUGUUAUAUUUCUAUAUGCACUUCCAUUAACAAUCAUUGUUAUUCUUUAUGGAUUAAUGUUAAAAUUUUUACGUGGAUCUCGUGGUCAAUCAGUUGGAAAAAGUAAACGACGUGCAACACGUAUGAUAUUAGCUGUUAUUUUAACUUAUGCAUUAUGUUGGUUUUUUAUGCAAUUAUUAUUUAUUUCAAAUGUUAUACUUUCACGAAAUACAAGUCAUACAUUUGCUACAUAUAUGGAUAUUUUAACAAUGUUUGCCAAUGUUUUUGCUUAUCUGAAUUCUUGUACAAAUCCAAUUCUUUAUGGUUUUAUGUCAAAAAAUUUUCGUUCAUCAUUUAUUGAUGUACUUUGUUGUCGAUAUUCAAAACGACGUCUUUGUGGACCUAAUCAUAGUACACGAAAUCGACGCAUGACAGAAAAUUAUAUAAAGAAUCUUGAUUCAAAAUAUCGAAAAGCUGAUUAUCAGAUACGAGCAUCAGUUGUUUCACAUUUAUCACAAUUAAGUCCAAUAGGUGGAAUGUCAAAUACAGGUGGUGGUACUGCUUUUUCUUCAUCAUCACGUCUUACAACAGAAUUAUUACCACAAUAUGAUCGACGAGAAUCAGCUAAUGACGAAAGUAAAUUAUCAAUAGAUAAUCAUAGUUCAUGUCAUAUUACAGUUGGAACACAAACAAAUACAUUAAAUAAACCACAUCGACGACGAAAACAUAGCGAUCGAGCACCAGUCGUAGCUUAUUGUUCAUUACCAUCACAAACUAUAUCAAAAACUACUGAGGUGCUAUGCACAUAG